AUGUCUGAAGAAAUCGAAGUAGAAGUUGAUGUUAUUUCAAAUGAAAUGAUUGUUGAUGAUUCUGAUACUGAUAUUGAUACCGACGAGGAGAUUAACAAUACUGAUGAUAUUGUUACUGAAAAUGUAAAUAGCUCUGUACGUAGAACCACUUCACCAAUGUUUAAUCAUCUCCGAGCGAAACAUAAAGAUGAUUAUAAAAAAUGUCUCGAAGAAAAAAGUGGAAAACGCAAGAAUGCUGAUGGCGAUCAAGAAAAAAAAACAAAAAAACAAAAACAAAGUUCUCUGUCUGUUCCAGAAAAACAAGAAAUUGAUCAGCUCAUCAUGGAAAUGAUUGCAAUUGAUUUAAAACCGUUCUCUUGUUUUGAGGAUCGCGGAUUUAGAAAUAUGUUGAAAAAAUUGUCUCCUGACUAUGAACCACCAUGUCGGACAACAUUUUCCCGCAGUCUCGCUCCUAUUCUUCAUCAUAAAACCAAACAAAAAUUAAUCGCGGAAUUAGGUAGAGAGAUAGAAUCAUGCCUUAUGAGUCUUUCAUUCACAACAGAUUGUUGGAAAUCUAUAGCCAAUGAUUCUUAUAUUUCGUUGACUUUACACUACUUAACUGUUGAUUUUUCUCAAAAAAAUCUUAUGCUGAACAUAAAACAAUUACUUGAUCGACACACUGGUAGUAACCUUAAAAAUCACUUAUCAAACAUGAUGUCCGAAUGA